AUGCGAGAAUCUCAGAUAUUCCCUAACUAUAACUUUAGGUCCUAUGCAUUAAGGAGAGUAAGAGAUGCUUUUAAAGAAAACAAAUCAUUAACAGAUCCAAAACUGAUAAGAAAGGAAUAUCAGUUUGCAAAAGAAAACUUAGCAAUCAUAACUAGGCAGGUAUCAAUUGGUCAAAUGUACAAAACAGAAAAGCUUGUAAUUGAAAAUCAACAG